AUGGCGCACAUUCGCGAUACGCCUUGCGAUCCGCGAAUCCCCAGGUACUUUUAUUUUCCAGCGUACUUCACACAGUCACCUGACCUACCGGAGGCACUUGCACAGCGUUUGAACGAGCUGGAUGUUGAUCAACGCGGCGAACCCCACACGCGCAUACAUUCAGUCUCCCGCGACGCAGAUCUUUACUGGCUCGAUCUCAGCCAGUUUCGAAUCAACCCGUACUUCAAGUUGUUGUUCUCCGAAGAAGGUCGCUUCGAGCAUCACCUGGGUCGAUGGGAAAUCAGUCUACGCGAGGAGGCUACAUUGAACUCCUUGUUGGUCAAUAACUCGACUUCGAACCAUCUUCUUCUCCAGGCUGUUGGAUCAAUGCAGAUCGUCUACCCCCCGUGUAAGAGUCUGGGUAUCUACCACUUCGGCGAUGGUAGAUUUAAGAUCUUCGGAACACAUGCGCUGCUGAGAAGACUCCGCAGAGAAGAUGGCAUUCGUGUGAUUGAUCUUGUGAGAGCACUGCACGAACUGGCUCCUGCCUUGUUAUCGACUUGGAUGCGCCAUGCGGAGCAUCUCCGUGACCAAAUCAAAGACGCGCACUGGAUAGACGACCUCUGGAAGAUUCCCGGAACACCGAGAUUCCGAAUCUGUCUAGAUAACACAGAUAUGGCCGAUGACUGUUCUCCAGAAAGUCUUCCGCGAGUAUGGAUGGCCUCGCGAGAGUCAUCAGCCAUGGAUAGGCAAUUGGGUAUGGAAGCUCACAUCACUCGUCAGCCAUACAUGUUCGCCGAGAAAUUCAGAGGAACCAGGGAAGGUGAAUGGCUUCCGAAGGAACUUUUCGAACCCAUGAAAAGCGAGACAGACCGUCAUCCGAUCGAAUGGAACAGGUGA